AACCUCAAUCUUAGAAUGACGCUCCGCAAAUUCGGCCGCGCGCUCUACUCCGCCGCCGAGAUCAGCAACCUCAAAAUGGAUCCCCGCGUCAGAUCAGCAUACGACGACUGCCUCGAGCUUCUCGACGAUUCCGUGAGCCUCCUCUCGCGAUCGCUCACCACCGUCGGCCCCGGCGGCGGAGGAUCGACGCAGGACGUGCUGACGUGGCUGAGCGCGUCGCUGACGAACCAGGACACCUGCGCCGACGGAUUCUCCGAGCUGAGCGGCUACGUGAAGAAUCAAAUGGCGGAUCGGCUGAAGGAUCUGUCGGAGCUCGUGAGCAAUUGCCUCGCGAUAUACUCCGCCGCCGCCGGCGACGAGGAUUUCUCCGGCAUUCCGAUUCAGAACAAGCGGCGGCGGCUCCUCGGAGACGAGAAGCCGCACAGGCAUUUCCCGGCGUGGCUGCCGCGGCGGGACAGGAAGCUGCUUGACCUUCCGCCCGAGGCGAUCAACGCCGACGUCGUCGUUUCGCACGACGGCAACGGCACGUGCAAGACGAUCGCGGAGGCGAUCAAAAAGGCGCCGGAGCACAGUAACCGGCGAUUUAUUAUCUACGUGAGGGCAGGAAAGUACGAGGAGCCUAUAUUAAAGGUGGGGAGGAAAAAGACGAACUUAAUGUUCAUCGGCGACGGAAAGGGCAAGACGGUCAUUUCCGGUGGGAAGAGCAUCCAAGAUAACAUGACGACAUUUCACACCGCGACAUUUGCUGCAACCGGUGCCGGUUUCAUUGCACGAGACAUAACAUUUGAGAACUGGGCCGGGCCCAGCAAGCACCAGGCCGUGGCCCUUCGGGUCGGGGCGGACCACGCUGUCAUCUACCGGUGCAACGUGAUUGGCUACCAAGACACACUCUACGCCCACUCGCAGCGCCAAUUCUACCGCGAGUGCGACAUCUACGGCACGGUCGACUUCAUCUUCGGCAACGCGGCCGUGGUGUUCCAAAACUGCAGCAUCCACGCGCGGAAGCCGAUGCCCUUCCAAAAAAACACCAUCACGGCCCAAAACCGCAAGGACCCGAACCAGAACACGGGCAUCUCGAUCCACGCGUGCCGGAUCGUGGCCGAGCCCGACUUGGCGGCCGCAAAGGGCGCGUACCCGACGUACCUAGGGCGGCCGUGGAAGCUGUACUCGCGGACGGUGUUCCUGCAGUCCUACUUGGGGGACCACAUCCACCCGAGGGGGUGGUUGGAGUGGAAUGCCACGUUUGCACUUGACACGUUGUAUUAUGGGGAGUACAUGAGCUACGGCCCCGGUGGCGCGAUUGGUCAGCGCGUGACGUGGCCGGGGUAUCGGGUCAUCACGGCCGUGGAGGAGGCCAACAAGUUCACCGUGGCGCAGUUCAUUUACGGGUCGUCGUGGCUGCCCUCCACCGGUGUGGCGUUCUCGGCCGGCCUAUCGACUUGAAUAAUAAUAUUAUUUAUAAUAAUGAAAAUAAUAUUUUAUAGAGAGUUAAAUUGUUUAUGUAGUGUACAAGGAAAAUACUUGCCUUUAAAUUAGGGUUCAAUUUAUUUAUAUGGUAUAUAUAAUAUAAUCCUCUUUGAUUUAAA